GCAUAAACAAACCUCGCCUGGCUGCCCGCGCCGCUUCUGGGGCGCACGCCCAUCCUCACCGCACACCUCCGCGCCCGCUGGCCGCCGCGCCCCCAGCCGAGCUCCGGCUCCUCUUGCCUUUCUCCCCGUAGCUUAGGCAGGUGACAGCAGGGACAUGUCUCGGGAGCUGCAGGACGUGGACCUCGCCGAGGUGAAGCCUUUGGUGGAGAAAGGGGAGACCAUCACCGGCCUUCUGCAAGAGUUUGAUGUUCAGGAGCAGGACAUCGAGACUGUGCAUGGCUCCAUUCACGUCACGCUGUGCGGGACCCCCAAGGGGAACCGGCCCGUCAUCCUCACGUACCAUGACAUUGGCAUGAACCACAAAACAUGCUACAACCCCCUCUUCAACUCCGAGGACAUGCAGGAGAUCACGCAGCACUUUGCCGUGUGCCACGUGGAUGCCCCCGGCCAACAGGAUGGCGCCGCCUCCUUCCCAGUGGGGUACAUGUAUCCCUCCAUGGACCAGCUGGCUGAAAUGCUUCCCGGGGUCCUCCACCAGUUUGGGCUGAGAAGCGUUAUCGGCAUGGGGACCGGAGCAGGUGCCUACGUCCUCACUCGGUUCGCUCUGAACAACCCGGAGAUGGUGGAGGGCCUCGUCCUCAUCAACGUGAACCCCUGUGCAGAAGGCUGGAUGGACUGGGCCGCCUCCAAGAUCUCCGGAUGGACCCAGGCCCUUCCAGACAUGGUGGUGUCCCACCUUUUCGGGAAGGAGGAGAUGCAGAGUAACGUGGAGGUGGUCCACACCUACCGCCAGCACAUCGUCAAUGACAUGAACACUGGCAACCUGCACCUGUUCCUCAACGCCUACAACAGCCGGCGGGACCUGGAGAUCGAGCGGCCCAUGCCCGGAGCGCACACAGUCACCCUGCAGUGUCCUGCUUUGUUGGUGGUUGGGGACAGUUCUCCUGCUGUGGAUGCUGUGGUGGAGUGCAACUCGAAGUUGGAUCCAACAAAGACGACGCUCCUCAAGAUGGCGGACUGCGGCGGCCUGCCCCAGAUCUCCCAGCCAGCCAAGCUUGCUGAGGCCUUCAAGUACUUCGUGCAGGGCAUGGGCUACAUGCCUUCUGCCAGCAUGACCCGCCUGAUGCGCUCCCGCACGGCCUCCGGCUCCAGCGUCACAUCCCUGGAGGGUGCCCGCAGCCGCUCCCACACCAGCGAGGGUGCCCGCAGCCGCUCCCACACCAGUGAGGGUGCCCGCCUGGACAUCACCCCCAACUCCGGGGCCACCGGCAACAGCGCCGGGCCCAAGUCCAUGGAGGUGUCCUGCUAGGCGGCCCGCGCCAUGGCCGUCCCUGGACUCUGGGCUCACGCAGCUGCCCUUCCUCCAGCCCUUCCUGCCCCACCUGCCACACCACACGUAACUCAUAUUAACCCAAAGCUUAUGGUGUAAGAGAGCUCUGGGGGAACAAAGUUAGACCGGGUUUGUCAGGGCGCUUCUCCCAGCAGGGCCAGGCGGGCGGACCAAAGGAACAGAAGCAUCUCCGUGUCCUGUGCUCGUGAGCUCGGGUACCUCCCUCAGAGACACCAAACUGCCAAAAACAAGACGCGCCGCCCUAAACACUUCCUAAGUCCAGGCCUAGGCUGGCUCUAACGGGCAUAGGUCGGAAGCCCAACCCCUCUGCUUCCUGUUUCCUCUCCAACUAAGGCAUAACUGACCCAGUUUCUGGAAACAAAACCCCGCUCUGAUUUGGGGAGGGGGAGCAGCGCGGAUGGGGGGGGCUCUUCUGACUCGGCAAAACAGGAAGUGGGAAAGAGGUAGACUUUCUGUGGAGGCUAGAACGCUCUGAAAACAAAUCUACGUAGCAAAACGUGAAGAAAUAGGUUUCUCAAGUGCGUGUCUGUAUCUACUUUUUAAUGCCGAAACAUACGAGCCUGCUUUUUUCUGGCCUCCUUCCAAUGGCCGAUGAGCGUGGGCGGCAGAAUCUCCGGGCAUUCCCCAAAGAAACGGUCUUGGCAGACAUUGGUAUCUGGAAUUCAAGCCUUUGGCUCUGCUGUCUGUCUCCUCCUCCACAGCCCCACUUCCCACCCCGAAUUCGUGAGUGAGCGGUUUUGGGGUUCAUGGGGAAGACCAUUUAGGUUUGCACUUGCUUUCUUUGAAGUGGAGGGAAACAUUCCCAACAGCUGUACUUGGACAUGAUGCCUCCACGCCAUGAGGGAGGCCGGGGGCUGGGGUGGGGGGUGUUUGGGUUAUUAGAUGUACAGGAUUUCUGUGGUCACGAUGGGGUUGAGCACAGCUGCGAUUUCCGCCAAUCCCUCCCUGGUUCCCAGGAAUCUUGUGUGAUUGAGUUAAAGCCAGCUCCUGAUCUUUGACAAUGGGGUUGAAUCCGAACUUGACGGCUGGAUGUUUCUGACCGGAAAUGUCCCUGGAUCUGUGGGUAGAACUUUUCCCCCCUCUCACAGGAGGCGGGGAUUCACACGGAGGUGGUGGCUGAGACGAUGUAAGGAUUCUGGAAUAUUCCAUGGGUUUCCUUCCCUCUCCUGCCUUCCCCUCUUCUCUGACCGUCUAACCUUUCGCUGAAUGGGGCGGCACCACUGACCUUUCUGGGCGACUUCAGCAUAGAGGUCAAGUUCCUAUACUACUGCCUUUUGAUUUCAUUCUGGCUGAGCAUUUCUUAUAGGAAGUUUGAUCAGAGUGGACGGAUCAUUGCGACUCAGCUGCUGGGGCCUGGUGCUUUCUGGGACCCUGGAGUUGGUGGAAGGAAGAGGUCCAGGCUUCUAGGUAGCUUGAGGGUCAGUGACUCUUACUGCACCUGCCACCUGGAGGCAUCCCCUGACCUGUGCAGAGAGGUCAGGGUCAGGGCGGGCGUGGCUGAGUCGAAGACAGGAGAAGUGUUGUGUACAAGGCUUUCUGGAGCAGUUUCUUAAUGAGAUAUUUGUAUUUAUUUCCAGACCAAUAAAUUUGUAACUUUGCAGUG